AUGGAAAUAUGUCUUUAUAGUUGCCAUUUAUUCCAGGUGCUGAAUGGAAACAACGGUGAUGGUGGCGAGGUUCAGCAUUUCCUGGAUGAACCGGUUUUAACUCGAUAUAUACGGUUUGAAGUCCACACGUUUGUCGGUUUGCACCCAUGUAUGGGAAUAGAAGUCUAUGGUUGUGCACCAGGUAAAAAAUAUCGAUCUUCUUUUUUGUAACUGACUGAGUAGUUGAUUCAUUAAAGGAUCUAUAUUAAUAAGAUUAUUAAUUAGAUUGAUGGAUUAAUUAGGUUGCUUGAUUGAUUAGAUAUCUUAUUCAUUGGUUGAUUAGUUUAUUAUUGGUUGAUUCAUUGCUUGAGUAAUUAUAUGAUUGUCACUGCAUGUUGACUGGCUGAUUACUUGAUUUAUUGAUGAUUAAUAGAUUGAUUAGCUAAUUAUGUAAUCAAUUGAUUGAUUAUUUUGUCAAUUGAUUUUCAAAUUGAUUGAAACGUUGACUAAUUUUUGGUUGAUGUCUUGAGAAAAGAGUGAGAAAAUGUUUGUUUUUACAGGCUGAUAUUACAGCAGGUGCGCGGUCGUAAUAAUUGGCUAGUUUAUUAAUUGUAAGAUAUUAACUAUUGUUAUUGCAGCUAUCAAACCAACGGAGGCAUCAGUAAUCAGAAAAUCAUCAGAGUGGAUCAAAAUCGAGUGGACCCAACUGCCGUCAGAAGUGGAUAAUGGGAAAAUUUUUGGCUACAAAAUCUGCCAUAAAUUAUCUUCCUCUGUACGCUGCGAAACCGCGCAUUACGUUGGCCAUGAUACUACGUCAUAUUAUAUCAAAGAUUUGAUACCAUAUACCGAUUACAAUAUUGAGAUUUCUGGUGGAACCAUAGCAGGAUAUGGGCCGCCUAUUUUACUUCCUGCAAAAACCCGGGAAUCACGUAGGUUAUCCGGCUAGAGAGAAUUCGAAAAAUUUAUGCCUCUUAUGUUUUGUAGUAUCAGCUUUAAAUUUUAUACUUGAGAUAAAAUAACCAUCCUAUCAUUUUAAUAUAUCGAUUAAUAUUUGACUGAUCAAAAUAACCAACCGUUUAAUAUUACAACUUUUCCAAGUUGAAGUAAAAAACUAUUUUAGUAUAGCACAUUUUAAAAACAUAUAUGCAUGUUUGUGGUUAAUUAAUGCAUAUUUGUGGUUAAGUGGUUAACCUACAAGAUUUCGUUAAAAAGUAGUAAAUAAUGAGGUUGGAGCCUAAUUUUUGCUCGUGUUGGAAAUGGGUCUUCACAAUUUCCUUCACUCGUAUAAAUCAGAGCCUCAGAGCAAGAAAUAAUGAAGAGUUUUGAUUGGUAAGAUCUUAUAGAAUUCUUCCUGUUUAAUUAAAAAAUAUUUCUGAUACUGUUUUCUACAAGUUGGAAUAUUGGUAUAUCCACCUUAAGUGAUUCUAGAAAUCAAACGGUUCGUCGUUUUUAUUAGUAAAAUAGAAAUAAACUAAGAGUUACUAAAGACCUGAUUAUUGUUGAUAAGAGAAAAGUAUAUCUAAAUAUUUUUCAGGUAGUUGUAUCCCUACCAAUCCGUAGCUUUGUUAUUAUUUGUACUACCUACACUGAAGCAGACCAUUCAAAGUUUGAUUCCCUCUUUUUAAAAACCCUGUAUCGUUGUCACACAUUCGACUAUUUCGUGUUGUUUAAAGCGCCGAUAACGUCAUGAUAGGCCUUUGCAAUAAUAAAUAAACCUGGUGUUUUUCCCAAACCUAAACAAGUUAACUGCAAUUUACAGAUGUUUCCAGAGAGGUCAGAUGCCACCGAAUAAUUGAAGAAUAAAAAUUAAUUAUGCGCAUAAAUUACCAUUUUUCCAAUGAUGCGGAGAACUGCAUUUAUCUAAUUAUGAGUUUAAAAUAACUCGUUUCAAAAACUCGUCUUCUUUAUACACUCGUCUUUUCCUUUUUGUAUUUUCAAAGCCGUUUACGUAAAGGGGCUGUAAUUACCUUAGUUUCACAUUUUUUUUGAAAUUAAUGAUCUGGCGAAAAAAGUAACCAGGAUGACGUUUCACUUUGGCCUAUGUCUAGAGGGACAAAGGUAGCAAUUAUAUUCUUGCGGAAGAAGUGACUAGUUCUAGUAACUCCAAGUAAAUAAAUUUAUCCUUUGCAUAUAGGUCCAAGUGGCCCUCCACAUCUCGUAAUGGCACAAGAUCUUACUGCCACUAGCGUCAAACUGUUGUGGUCACCCCCAGAGGAAAGUCAUCGCAACGGAGUUAUUACGGUAUAUAGUUUAUGUUACCAGGAGGCCAGCUUGGAAACGAGCUGUACAACUGAUGUACAAGUUCCGGGAGAGAAGCUGUCAUAUGACAUUACCAAAGGACUCCGGCCAAAUACAGAGUACAUGUUCACUGUUGCUGCAGCGACUGUAACGGGUUUGGGCCCCAGAGCAGUACUUUAUGAAUCCACACUUUCUUCAGGUAACUUUAAAAUUUACGCUCAAUUAAAGUAUACGACCGCGGCCCCAAUCGCGUUAUGGUACGACACCACUUUGCGAUUUCGUCGAAACGAAUUUGUGUUCGAACUGAAUGUGGGUUGA